AUGAUGUUUCGGAGCAGCCCUCUCUGGGUGGGAGUGCCAGACAGGCCAAGAAGCAUUACUGGUUCUUCCACCUUACAGACUUUCCGAGUCCGUACGUGGUGCUGGAGUGCAACAAGCAAGAGCCUGGGGCCGACCUCAAGGAGCACUGUGCUGCCCUCUGUGUGGAUCGCAGCAAGCAGAGGAACUCCAAGAAAAGUCAAGGUCGACGCCACGCCGUGUGGCAACGUGAAGAUUGACAAGAAUCGAGACGAGCUUGGGGAGUGCGACUACAAAAAUGAAGGCAGAGUCGAGGUCAUCAUCGUCCAUGGCGGGAAGAAGAUGGGCGUGCAGGACGAGGGAGAAGAGGCUGGCCGCGGAGAUUCAGAUCCAGGCUCAAGAGGUAAGGACCGCAAGGCAGCGGCCAGCGCCGACUCCCAGCCUGCAGGGGCCGGGGCGGCCGCGGGCGGGCGCGUCCGUGUACGAAAGGCUGCAGUGGGAGGCUGGGCCACCAUCUCCUUCCAGGAUGCCGACGUGCGGCGAGCUCUACUGCGAGAGCACGAGCAUAUUGUUGUCCAGUCAGGUGUGGAGGUGAAGCUGCAGCCGCAGAUCGACCAGGCCACAAAGGAGGAGGUGCCGGCCGACAUCUUCGCGAGCUGGGGCCGCAAGGCCGAGGAGAAGUCGCCCGUGGCGGAGCGGGAGCUGCUGCGCUGCUUCGAGGCGCUGGCCGCGCAGGCCGAGGCAGCGCUGGCGCGGGCAGCGCCGUCCCGCGCGGCGGGCAGGCGCGUGCAGGUGCGCAAGGCCGCCGUAGGGGGCUGCGCCGUCGUGGCCUUCCAGGACGCGGCGCUGCGCGCCGCGGUCCUGCAGCGGCUGGACGGCCAGCUGACGUGGGGCCCGGGCUGGUCGCCAAGGCGCAGCCGCAGAGGGACCCGAAGACCAAGGAGGAGGUGCCCGCGGAGCUCUUCCUCGCCUGGGGCCGCAAGGCCGAGGAGAAAUCUCCCGUCGACGAGGCGGAGCUCCUCCGCCUCCUCGAGGAUUGAGCUGUGCGACAGCCUGGAGGCGCCCAGCGGGGUCGGCGCUGCGAGCGGCGGCGCGGGCCGCGCGGGCGACGAGGUGAGCCCUGGCCCUGCGGCGGAGGCCGAGCGGUGA